GGGAGGAGAGAAAGGUGGGCAGGAGGAGGAAAGGAUGCUCGGUUUGGAGCAUCACAUCGCGGCAUUUUACCCAGCUCACACCUCGUCGAGCCAAGAGGGGUUUUACAGUUUAAAGCUAGGCACGAUGGUUGGUCAUUAAUUCCGAAAAUGUAAGAAAAUUAAGCACCAUGUCCAGCUGAGAAAAGAGAAGAACUUUAGACACAACACAAAAUCAAAUUUCUACAAAGAUGGAAAAUAUUUAAGAUCAGAUUUUAAGUUUUCACUCCAUGAUUGAACAUAAAAGCCCAGAGGGGAAUUAAGCCUUUAAUGAAUCCUAUAGCAGUGGGAUGCUGUUGAGAGAGAUUCUUGGACUUGUGUAACAUGAGUGGGGAAGAAAGCAAAGGGGGCCAUUGCAACAGUAUGCACAAGGAAAUAAAGAACAACAACAAGCAGACCCUCUAUUCGGGUGGAGAUGCCAAUGCUAACCAAAUCCCCAUGGAGGAAAGCCACACUGAGAGAGGCAGUUUAAUACCACCCCUGUUGUCGCACAACAGCACUCAGGAAAGGAUUAUUAUUUGGGGCACACAUGCCCACAGCACGGACCCAGAGCUGGAAGAGUUUGAGUUAUUAGAAUGUCAGGAGAUGGAAGCUUUUCUAACAGAGCGAGACAUGAGGGAUAAUGAUACAAGCAAAGUGGGUGCAAAGAAAGACUUUUAUCAGAGACAGUCUGCUCUUGCAUGUUUGGACCCUGUCAGUGACUUAGGCAAGACAGAUCAAAAUGCCAACCACAGUGAGGAUAUAGAUAUAGAUCAAAGCUCUCAGCCUCUGGACCUCAGGACGUCUGCCUCUCGAUCUGGAGGAAGAAGGAGCCUGAAAGAGACACGUAGUAAUUCAGAGAGCAAUGUCUUUGUCCCCGUUUUUUCAACAGUGAGCAACCUCAGUGGAAGCUUGGCCAGUGCUCUUGACAGUGCGGGACAUACACAGUGUCCUCCUUCUUUACCCAGCAAGCCUACCUCAGAGAAAUGCCGUUUUCAGCAGACAGCCACAAAUAAAUCCCUUAUAUUUUCAACACAAAGCAAAGAACAACUCAGAAAGAGGGAUCAGAAUCAUAGCUCUACAAUAAUGCCUCAGGAUCCAACACAUGAGCGUAGAUUGAGCACUGAAAAUGGUGACUGUAUGACAGACAGACAAUGCUGGAGUACAGACAAAGGCCACAACAAACAGGAGAAUGUCCUGUCUUCCAAAUUCCAGAGAAACUUUGAAAGAGUGCCACCUUCUUGUAGGCAGCUUGUACGCCCACUCUCUCCAGGAAUGGAGCCAAAGCUAACCUCAGGACAUCCUGGAUAUAAAGACACCCCUCAAGGAGAGCAGCCUUCUCCCUCCUCAGGCAGAGGUCCUAAAAGCAGCAACCAUCAGCCAGACCUAAAUGAUCCAGUGCAGAUUAAUCAUAAUCCCCAGUCUCUAAGCUCAGGCUCAGGAACCCAAUCCACCCAGACUUCUACCAAGGUGGGAACCACCCUUCGAAGGCAGGGUUCAGCUGAGAAUGCUGCCAGUGCCCUGGACAGGAAGAGUCAUUUGAGCCGCAGAGCCUAUAGCAGCCCUACCAGGCCUUCAACGCCCCCAUCUCCUAAGAUUACAGUGUCUCCUCAGAGACGUCCUCCAAUGUCUCCUGGGAGAACCCGAGUGCCUACUCGAGGCCCACAGUUGGGUUAUGGUGCUUCUCAAGGGUACAGCUUUGGCCUGAGACCCCCAGUCAAAACCACCAUCAACAUUAAUGUCCAAAACCCUGUACCCCAACAAAGCUCUACUGUAUCAUCUUCUCCACCCAAGUGCCCCCCAAAGCCCAAAAGUGUUCGACCUAAAAUCAUCACCUAUGUACGCAAGAGCCCACAGAUGAAGCCCCAGGCCACUGAUAGUCCAUAUGAAGCCUCCUCACUACCCACCAAACUCUCAACCUCCAACAGUCCUCCAAACACUAAAACACCAGCAGAUGAGCCUCCAGUGCUGAGUGCCUCUAACCUGCUAUAUGACAAAUAUAGACAGGAGCUGCAGAAGUCCCGGUAUAUAUCACCUGAAGCAAUGGUCUCUGGGACAAAGCCUUCCAGCCACACCAUGCCCCACAAAGCCAUAGGGAGGACAAACAACUUCUAUGGCUCUCUAGGAAACAAAUACUUGCCUGCAGCGAUGGCCUCUGGAAGCAAGGAUCUAUCAGAAUCUCAGACAGUAACUCAAGAAACUGGGGGAUUUGUACAGCCUCCUCGAACCUUGAGACCCCAGCUUGGUGUGGGUGCUGUCAAUAAGUCUCCAUCUGCUGCUGCUGCUGCGGCUAAAAGUAGGGUCUUCACUCCACAAAAGUCACCUCUAGCUCUCAGUCAACCUGUACAGGCAGUGACCCCAUCAGUGACCGCACAAGCCACCUCACUGGUGACCCCAUCCACUCAAAGCCCACCAGAGGCUUCAGACCAGUGGAAACCACCCACAGCAGGAUUGGCUGCUAAAUCUCUUUUGCCUAAGCCAGCACCAUCAGGCCUGCGUCCUCCUGGCUACUCCCGGCUCCCUGCAGCACGCCUUGCUGCCUUUGGCUUUGUCCGCAGCUCCAGUGUCUCGUCUGUCUCCAGCAACCAUUCCACUGAAAGCACACGGAGUGAUCCGUGCAGACCAGCACAACGUCCUGGCGGUGUCACCGAAGACCCUCCUUUUCACAGAGUGAUUACAGCUUCGUGUGGAGAGGGGCAGAGAGUGCCAUGCCGCAGCAGCCCACAGCCCCCCAGCACUCCUGUACCCACUCGCCGCCCACUCCUGCCUCCUCCACCAGGCUCCCCAGUUGGCUCCCGCAAAGAUUUUCAGAAGACAUCUGAGGGUUCUCAUUCGGUGCUCUCGUCUCCAAAGCGUCUGGCUGUUGUUUCCCCCAAACCUCAGUCACCAGUCCUGCAGAGACAGAGGGCAGCACGGGUCCCCGGAGUCCCUGGGGGCUCAGGUGUGCCAGUUACAGGGCGCAGUGUUUCUCCAGGCUCGGAAAAGAUAAAAGAAGAAGCACAGAGGAAGGAGAAAGAGCGAGAGGAGCAGGAGAAGCGAGAGGAGGAGGUGCUGCGGCUGCAGACUCAAUGCAAGGAGCAAAAUGGACAACUGCUGGCCAUCCGGGCUGAGCUGAAGAGGACAGUUCUAGGUCUGGAUGUCUUAGCCAUCUGCACCAAGCACUUCUGUCUGAAGAGUGGAAAUGCUGAGCAGAAAGAGAAGGAGUUGUCUCGGGAGCUCAGCCAGAUUCAGGAAGAAUUGGCAUGCACUGUUGCUCGAUGGAAGCUGCUCCAGCAGGAAAAGACUGCACUGGAGCAGAGUUUUGCGCUGCAGCUGAAAGAGCUCCAGGAGCAGCAGGAGGCAGAGCUCGCCUCUCUGGAGGAAGAGCUCAGAACACGGCAUGCCUCUGACACAGACCACCUGAGAGCUGAGCACCAGUCACAUGUGGAGGAACUGCGAACCCAGCAACAGGAGCAAAUUGAAGAGUUAACAGCUCAGCAUGAGUCUGCAUUGGAAGACCUAAGAACCAUGCACAACAUGACCAUGGCAAGUCUGCAGGAGGAGCAUGCCAGGACCAUGAGAGACCUGAGGAAAGCCCAUGAAAAACAGACAGCUGCUUUAGAGAAUGAUUUUGAAAAGCAUAAACUCUCUCUUCAGGAUCAGGUUGACAUGCUGACAUUUCAAAACCGAGCCUUACAAGACAAAGCCAAACGCUUUGAAGAGGCACUGAGGAAGAGCGCAGAUGAGCAGAUACUGGAUGCGCUCGCCCCAUACCAGCACAUUGAGCAAGACCUUAAGAGCCUGAAGGAGGUUCUGGAGAUGAAGAACCAGCAGAUACAUGACCAGGAGAGGAAGAUCUGCCAUCUGGAGAAAGUGCAGGCCCAAAAGAACAUAUAUCUGGAGGAGAAGGUACAGGUUCUACAACAGCAGAACGAGGACCUGAAGGCUCGCAUCGACCGCAAUGUUGCUCUGUCCAGGCAACUUUCGGAGGAGAAUGCCAACCUGCAGGAGCACGUGGAAAAGGAGUCCAAUGAGAAGAAACGCUUGAGCCGUAACAAUGAAGAGCUGCUGUGGCUUUUGCAGACAAGUCCCCAUCUCUCUCCCUCCUCCUCCCCCAGCCACAGGGUCUUCUUCCCAGGGUUUGACAAUCCCCCCUUCCCUGGAUCUCCCAGCCCUGGAACUCCCACACACUCAAACUCCCCUGGACCCUGUACUCCUGUACAUAAAGUAGGUUCUCCCAGCCCUGGUACUCCGACUCACAGAGCCUUGCCAGCAGCCAGGAGCUCUCCAGCACGAGUACCUAACGCCAACACGCUACCCAGAUAAGCUCUUUAACAAAACAAUGAACAAGUCAGUUUAUAAAUAUUUCCUGUUUCAUCUCUCUUUCCUGUUUUUCAAAGUGAUAUAAUUGUGUGAUGUUUGAGAUCAUUGUUGCCCAUUGAAAAGAAAAAAGCAGUUUGAAAAAUGUCCACAUCUGUCCGAGAUAAUGUCCGGCCAGAGAUUCUGACAGUCAGAUUGUGUCUUUACUUCUGGAUGUCAAACCUAAAAUCUUUUUUGAUAUCUCCACCACACCUGUUAAGCAUAACUGCAUUUCUAUGAGCAGCAAUUGUUCUAAAGUACUCUAUAGUGCGUUUAAAUCCUACAGCCUGUUAAUACUAAGCCAGGCCACAGACGGGCCAAACACAAUGUUGUACUACAGCAGAAGCCUUUCGUAUACAGCCCACACGUUCUCAGCCUUCUUAGUGAUCAGCACACCAGCAGGUUAUUACAUUCAGAACAAGAGCAUUCUGUACUUUUUGAUCUCACUCAGUAUGUAAUAGUGAUCUCUUACUGUUGCUGUACUUUUCUCCUUAGACUUUACAUGUAUACAGUUUUGCUAGGGGCAUGGUUCAGGUCUCUGGCAGGCCAAGUCUGGAUGCACUGGUGGAAGAAAAGAUGGAGCCACAGGUGCCAAACUCAAGGGCACAUGGGAUAAAUAUACCUUGCUGCCUUAAUUCAUGCAGAAAAAAACACCAACGGACAUUGAAUCAGCCCAUACACUGAAGCAGCAUGACCUAGACUUGCAUAACGUCCAGUCCACACCACACACUCCUCUUCACACCACUGACACGACAGCAUGCUUAACGUUUACCAAAGUAAACUAGUGCCUGAAUAUCUGUGAAACAUGAAGAAUGGCGACAACAAUAUCUAUAGAAGAUCUGCAUAUUUGUGUUUAUUCCCAUUAAUAUCACUUUUCUAUGUACAGUAUUUUUUUUCUGUACGUAAAUGUUUCACAAUUAUGGCGUCACCAUACAGUUUCAUUUUUAGUUAUACUGUUUAUAAAAGCUGUAAGUGAUGAAUUUAAAACAAGUUGGAAUUUUAAGCUCUUAAUAGAGAACCUAAAACAAACACAACAUGGUGUGUGGGCUGACAUUUAAGGUCUUGGCAGAUUGAACACUGGUUAAAUAUUCAGCUGCUGCACAUGAAGCACAUCUAAAAAGUUUCAGAAACAUAUUUGCUGCUAAGUGGCCUUCAAAACUGCUGAUGUAGCCUGGGUUGAUGCAGUAGGGAGCUCACACUUUUAAACAGCUAUUAGGCAUUGGCCAGCUUUGCACAAACACCACCCACUGAUCCCCCAAGAUGUUUUAUUAGCUGUCAAAAUGAUUAUUAGCACCAUACUAAUUAUCUGUCAUAAUGCUUAUUGCACUGAAAUGUAACCCUGAAAAUAGAAUUGAUUUACACUUAGUGUGUCCAGGUUUUAUUGGUCUGCCAUGACACCAUGCUUAAAAUCAGAGGUGUAACUGUUCGCAGUUUGUUUGCAUGAUCACAGGAGGUUGACAGUUUUGCUUGAAAAUGUCAAUUUUGUACAACCUCAAACUACCAAAUAAGCUGAUUUUUAAACACAACACUUGCUCCGGUCUUCCAGUCUUGUCUGUAAUGGCUGCCUCUCAGGGUCAAAUCCCUCAAGUCGCCAUGUACACAUCUACUCUAUCUUUACAGGCUCAAUAUCGGUUCUGUUUCUCAGUAUAUUAUAUAUAUAUAUAUAUAUAUAUAUAUAUAUAUACACACACACACACACACACACACACACACACACA